GUGCGGGAGAGGAGGAAGAUCGCAGCCCGCCAAAAAUCAAUACUACUCGCUGGUCCGUUCGUGUUCCCACCCACAUAAAAGCGACGAAUGUGACUGGGGAGAAAUACCUCGUUCCAACUGCAGAAAGAGGGGGAAAAUAGCUAGGGUUCGGACUUCGGGGUAGGGAGAGAAGAAGGGGGUUCUAUUCGCUGGUGGUUUCGCUCCCGGAGGCGAUCGAUCGAUCCCGCCGCCGCCGUUUCCAGGAGCCGAUACGCCAUCAUCAGCAGCGAGGUAUGUCGAUGCCAGAUGAAUUUAUGAUACAUGCAGCAGAAGGAAAGCUUUCCACUGGACCUGAGGGGACAUUAGUGAGUCCAGAUUGCCCGUUUGUGAUCAAGAGGCUGGCAGACCCACUGAAUAAGUCGUUCGAGCAAGUGCAGCGCUGGAUAAUGGAGAUAUUCCAGCUGAAUGAGGAGGCGCAUGAGAUCACUUUGCAGCACAUCCUGUAUGUUAGGAACAAUCUACUAGCUCCUCCUUCCACUGUGCUGAUUGAUAUAGUGGGGAAUGAUUCCUGGAGGGCAUUUCUGAACGUGGCAUGGCGUCAUGUUGGAGCUUUCAUACUGUUCGUCACAUGGAGUGCCAAGAAAACUACCUAUGUUUCCAAGGCAAUUGAUGCCACGACGAUUGCUGAUGAAGAUCCUGCUGUAACUGAUGAAUCUGAUGAUGGAAGCUGGCCAACUUGCAAGCAUGAUAAACCUUGUACCAUUGAAACUUUAUGGGACAGUCAAGACCAAGCGCGAAGGUUCUACUGCUGCCCUCUCUUUGGGGAUUUCAAAGAAGACUGUGGAUUCACCCAAUGGUUGGACAAGGAGCUCCCUGGGAAGGCGACUGAGCACAUGGGCUACCUUAGCGACAGUGUUGAUUCCCUCCAGCAGCAGGUCGACAUUCUGAAGUGCGAGCUUGAGGAACUUCGUCGCUGUCACCAGAAAAGGUCACUUGGAGAAGUUGUUAUCAGUCUUGGAGACGAAAAGACACGCCCAAGCCAAAUUCGUAGAUUGGCCAAGGGAAAUUAGGCCCCCAACAUGCAGAGUGGUCGCUGGUCCAGGCUAGUCAUGCAGAGUGGUGUCAUGCUCACAAAAUGUGACCUGUGGUCUAGUUAGUUUCUGGUAGGUAUCGUUGAACACUUGAACUGUUCGUGGCUAUCUUGGAUGAAACUCUGAACAUCCUGAGAGUCUGAGACUGGUUUAUCUAAUGUGCCCUUUUGCGUUUGCUUUA